ACGUCAGCCUGGCCACCGCCGUGACAAUAACCCGCAAAUAUGUGCGGUAAACAGCGCUAGAUACGGGUUUUGUGUCGACAUGCAGCAGGUUAUAACGUGACCGUCCGUGAGAGAGAGGACGUUUCUCGUGAUUUGGUAUAAGAUGAGCAGCGCCAGUAAAAGAGAAAGGGAGCAGAAGAGGAAGCUACAGCACUUUCUGAAUGACUUGGCUUUACUUGGAUCAUUACAGGGAUUUAAAUACUUCCAACCAUGGCUGAGAGGAAAAGAGGAGUUGCUGCUGACAGUCGUCAAUGAGGAUCUGGGCUGGCGUUCCCCGGGCUUCGCGGUGUCCAGAGCCUCCUCCUGCUCCCUCACCAGCAGCAUCAACAGCAGCAACGUCUCUCCCAGCAGCAGCGCUCCCAGUCUGGCCAGCAGGAGCAGCUCCCCCCUGCCUGGAGAGCCUCCGGGUCCACAAGACUCCCAGCCUCACGCACACGCCGAGAGACAGCUGCAGGCCGCCAGGGAGCCCAGCAGUGAAGAACAUCUCCUCCCAGCCUCUCCUAGUGAAAGAGAAAUAGCAGUACCAGAGGUGAACUGCACUCUGUUCUUACUGGCCGGCUACAUCAAGUACGGACGACCCUACGCCUGGAUACGCUCCAAUCACGAGCGCCUGGUCAACAUCGGCGGAACUGAUUCGAUGGUCAGGGACACACCUAUGAAGCUGAAGUCCAUCGCAGAUUGGCAGACGCGAGGUAUUCGUGUGUGGGAUGUCGUAAGCGAGCUGGUCUGCCUGUGCACCAUUCCCUCGCCCUCUAACCCCUUCGCCUUGGACAUGCGCUACAUCAAAAGUCUUCCCCUGCCAGACCGCUUCCUCGUCACAGGAGCUCUCCUCAACUUCCUGGAGACGUACGUGGUGUACGGGAACCGGGACGAGAUGCACUACGACAAAGUAUUGGAGGAGGUGAAGCCCCUGAGGCGUCUACAUGUCCAGUCCUUGCUGGACCUGCAGCGACACAGGCGGAGCGCUGAGGCGGCCAACAGCUCCACUUUACAGGACACGAAGUAACGUCUCUGACGCACUUUCUCCAAAAUAUGGAAGAAGAAAAAACAAGAGGCAGACCAUGGACUGUAAAUGUGCAACGUGUCGGGAGAUGGACUUCUUGUCUUGAAAGUACACACUGAUAGUUCAAACUCCAAGAACACGCUGUGCACACUGUGUCAAGGAUGCAGUAGCCAGUUGGAGGACUUUCUGCAAACUAGAGUUGCAGGACCUUUUCUUUUUUUAAGUAGAA